AUGGUGAAGAGCAUGGAGUUGGUUGAUUUAGACAAUUUUGAUAUUGAAAAAAUAUGUGACUAUCUUCUUUGUAAUAAAGGGGAAUAUUAUGACGAAUAUGGACAAUUUGUUCCAAAAAAUAAAAGCAAGAACAGGUUUUUCCAAAGUUUCAUUGACUAUUUAGAUUUCAAUAAUGAAACCAUCUAUCCAACAAAACAACAACUAGAAAACAUUUUCAAGAUUUUUGUAAAAUUAAAAGGAUAUGACUCAUUUAAAUAUUAUGAAAUGAUAGUAUUUUCAUCUUAUGAAAACUAUUUGUACUUCAACUAUGGUAAUGGGGACAAUUUCGAGAAAAUUAUAACCGAAUGGGUAGAAUAUGGUUUAAAAAUGAACGAAUAUCAUAGAUGGCAUGGUAUAUACAAUGACAAUGAAUAUCACAACCUUCUAUUUGACCAAGAAAUUAAAAAUGUUCCGGAUAUCGAAGAGGAAGAAGAUAAGGAGGAUGACCCACACGAAGAAGAACUUAAAAGAAAGUGUUUUUCAUACAAUAACGAAGGUGUUAUUAGAUUUUUUAUAUAUUUGGGGUAUCCUUUAGAAAUUAAAAUAAAGGAGGGACAAUAUUUAGAAUAUAUUUCCCUUCUGGUAGAACUAUCAACACUUGUAAAAAGAAAUGAACCACUAAGUAGAACAGACUCUUAUUAUAAAACCUAUACCUAUUAUUUAUACCUGAAUACAAACGAAGCUCUACUAUCACUUAUAUCAAUUACACCGUUUAUACAAUCAAAGUUAUAUGAUCAAAUUUUAUCAAUAAUAUACAGAGACCCCAAACUAUUUAUAAACUAUGGGAACCAAUUCAGCUUAAUAAGGGACUUUAAUGAAACCAUUGAAACACUUUUAAAACUAGAUGAAUUUAACUUUCAAGUAAUGUUAGAUUUUAUCAGGUUUUUUUUAGAUAAUGCAAGAGGGAAUUAUAGUAAUAAAAAAGAAUAUUAUGAAAAAUAUAAAAUAAUACAUUUUAAAGAAGAGAUUUGUAGAGUUCCGCUACUAUUCAGUAUUAUUGAUACAACUUUUCCGGACAACAUAUUAAAAAAAAUAGUGUGUUUAUUAUUAAACGAUUUUUCCACAAUGCAAAUUAGAAAAUUAAACCUAGCGCUAGUAUGUAAGAAAUUUUAUUACGUGGUUAAAGAGAAUAUGAAUAAUUCAACAACAAUCCCGAUCGAUAUAGGAGAAUGUAUUUAUAAUAUAAAAGAGGAUAAUUUCCACAACUUCUCCCUGCUAAAUCCAAAUAGUGUAAAAUUUCUUUGUUAUUCAGUUUCCAAAUUUAUAGACCCAUCUCUUUCAGUUCUCAAGAUAUUCAAAAAUUUACAAACAUUAGAAAUACAUGGUAUGACAGAAUUAGAUGCUAACUCUAUUGCUAUAUUGGAUUCUAUAAAAUCAUUAAAGAGCAUUACAAUUAAAAGCAUUCCAUUCUAUAGAUUUUGCGAAUUUUUUCGUGGGUUCCGUGACCUGUAUGGCUAUUUGAAGGAUCAAUAUUUAGAAAAUAAAAAUGAUUAUGAAUACUGUCAAGUAGAUUUAAACUCGUAUCCAAAAGAAUUUAAUAUUAAAAAGCAAUCAUUUGAAGAUUUUACGAAAGAGAACUGUGGCAAAAACUUUUAUAUUCAUCUCUAUGGUUACAAUGGUAGAAAGGAUAAAAGAUUAAAUGCAUUGAACAUGUUAAAAAUCAACACUGUAACCAUUCAAAAUAUCAGUACAACUUGCAUGGAUUUCUUUACAUAUUAUCACACAAGCUAUAAUAUGUGUAGGGUACCAGAAUUUACUCUAAUAGUGGAUGAAAUACCACCCGAACUUGUAUUGCAUUCAUUCAUCUCACAUCCACAAAGGAAUAAGCAGGAAACAAUCACCUCACUAGAAUUUAUAAUAGAUCAAACAACAAAACUACAAUAUGUAAUUCCAUUUCUAAAAAUAUUAAAAAGAGCAAUCUAUUUAGAAAAGUUUUCUUUAACAUUGGUAUAUAAUGCGCUGGGAACUCAAUUAGAAAAAGACUAUAAAGACAAUAAACCUUUAUGUGAUAACAAAUGUUUCGAAACUACAAUCCAAAAUACAGUAAGUGAAUUGUUUAAACACCUAUCAAAAAAAAGAUUCCCAUAUCUCAAAAUGAUAGAAAUUUCAGAUCAAGGAAAAGUAACCAUCAAUAUUGAUUGGAAACUCGUUGAACUCUCUCAUUUCAAACCUCAAUUUCCCUAUAGAUUUAUCUAUUUCGAAAGUCAAUAA